AUUAGGAUAUUAUAGUAAGAAAAUUGCACCCAUUUGAUAUGCCGAGCGUCGGCACCUUUUUUUUUAGCGAGCUCUUUUUAUCCGAUUGAAAAAUUUCCAAGUCGGUAUGGGGCAAAGUCAAGAUAAGACAUUAGUGAUAAGAGGAUUAGAUGAUGUAUAGGCGAAUACCGAUACGACCCAUACAGAUUGCUUUAUAUGGAGUUUCAAAGUCAAUUGUAAAAUGCAGGACAAAUCUUUUGUAUAUUCAACGGUAUCAAUCGUCGAAAAUUAUUGAUUCCAAUACAAACGUCAAUGAUCAAAAACUUCAAGACAUUAUUGAAACUACAAAUUUUGGAACUGAAGCCUUAGAAAGGAGGCGUAGAGAAGUGGAGGAAAACAAGAAAAAGGAUGAAAAGAAUAAACAGCAUAAUAAAGCAGAUGAUAGUGCAUCAGCUGAACAACCAGUUAAUAUAAAUAUUGAUAAUGAUGAAAUUAAUGUUAAUGUAAUUCCUAAUAAUACAGUCUUCCCUACAUCCACAAUUGGAUCUAACGAGAAUAAUGGAGUGAGAAAAUCUAUAAAUGAAGCUAUUCAUAAGGAAAUCCGAGGUUUACCAUCUGAAAAGGAAGAAAGGAGAAGUGAACUAUCGAAAAGAGUCGAGACUUUUCUAGAUUCUAUGCAGCAGACAAUCUUCACUGCUACUAAAACUUUGAAUGAUGUGACAGGAUAUUCUGCAAUUGAUAAGUUAAAAAAUUCUAUAGAUGUUUUAGAAAAAGAAUUACUGAAUGCUCGAGAGAAAGUUAAGGAAAAUAAAUUUGCAUAUAGUGAAGCAAUUCAGCGUCGAUCUGGGCUGCAAAGAGAAGUCAAUGAAUUAUUGACAAGAAAGCACAAUUGGUCAUCAUCUGAUCUUGAAAGGUUUACGGAAUUAUACCGAAAUGACCAUGCUAAUGAACAAUAUGAAACAGAAAGUGAACAGAAAUUAAGUGAAGCUGAGAAGAAAGCUGAAGCCAUUCAACUCAAAUUAACCCAAAUGAUCUUGACUAGAUAUCACGAAGAGCAAAUCUGGUCGGACAAGAUUCGAAGAGCUUCAACUUGGGGGACGUGGGUUUUGAUGGGAAUUAAUGUCUUUUUGUUUAUAAUAGCUACAUUCUUUGUCGAACCUUGGAAGAGAAAGAGAUUAGUAGCUGCUUUUGAAAAUAAAGUAAAGGAGUUAUUGAAUGCAUUACCUGAGGCUGAUAAAACAGCAGUAGCACCUAUAAUUGAAGAAAUUGCGGCUGUAACUGCGGGAUUAGACGAUUCAAGCACUUUAGAACCAAUUGUAGAAACCACAGAAACUACUCAGACUACUCAGACCGUAGGAGCCACUUCACCUACUACAGUUAAACCAAAUUUAGUUUUCUUUGGAACCACUUGGUCAUCCAUAAAGCAAAAUAUUGCAAACACCUAUACAUUGUUAACAUCUUCGGAGUUUCAAACCAUAUCGUUAGAUAAGCUUGAAUUCCAAAUAUUCUCAGGUAUCAUUGUCUUGAUAGGUUGCCUCAUUGGAAGUGCAGGAACUAUUUAUUUUAAAUAAACGUGUAAAUUAUGUUGUCAAAUCUCUUGGCUUGGGUCAUUGUAUUUAGUUGAGAUAGCUUCAUAGAGUUUAAUAAAAGUAUCUUAUUAGUGAAA